AUGAAGAUUCUUAAUAAAAAGGGAAAGCAAAAGAAGGUUGUUCCAGGCCACAAGGUUAAGUAUCUUCUUGAUUGCUCUGGACCAGCAAACGACAACAUUAUAAACACAGCAGGACUUGAGAAGUUUUUUCUAGAUAGAAUAAAGGUCGAUGGGAAGACAGGUAACCUUGGAACAAGUGUUACAGUAUCGAGAGAAAAAAAUAAAAUUCACAUAACAACAGAAGUACCCUUCUCAAAGAGAUACAUCAAGUAUUUGACAAAGAAGUAUUUGAAGAAACAACAGCUGCGUGACUUUCUGAGAGUUGUAGCGAACAAGGAACACUCAUACGAACUGAAAUACUUCCAACUUAACGACGACGCGGAUUAA